GGAUUUCGCGCUCUGUUUGGGUAUUGCAUGGCUGCUGCUUGUCUGCACAGUGAGAUCUCCGCCGUUCUUGACAGUUUUGUGUCGUCAUUUCUGAAGGAGCCCGAUCGUCAGUCGUCGUCGCCAGCAUGGCGAUGAACAGGCGACAGGCCAAGUCUUGGCUGAGGACAUACAUGAGUCCAUCGGUUCCCAGAUCGGCUCGGAGGUGAAACACUUGCCUCAUAGACAAAAGCGGUGGGAGUGAGUCUGUCAGUGUGUUGCUGUCUGUCUGCCCGUGUGUGUGCAGCUCUCCGAGCACGACGCAGAGGCGGCCCCACACGCACUCAGACUGGGACAAUGACGGCAGGGAAAGCCCACUCCUCAGAUCUGUCCUCAGGUGGCCUUGGGGACAGUCAGUCACCCCGAGCCUCCCUCGCCACUCACUCUGUUUCUCCAUCUCUCCCUGUUUUCCUCUCUCUUUCCUUCAGACCUGGAGAGGUAUCCCCGUCUGUCGUCAGGCAGGACGGCCUCCAAGACAACGGGCGGCGCGUCAAGGUGGUCGUCUCAGAGUCUGGCACCGUCGAGCCGGCGGCAGCCGCUGCGGCCAACCGUGAGUCAUCCUCCACCCCUGCCAUGGGCAUUGGGCGCAUUACGACCUCUGAGCUGUCGGAGGCCAUCCGUGUGGUGAGGGGCCGGGCGGCUGAGGAGCCGCCCGGGCCGGCGACGAGGAGAGAUGACUCUGGCUAUGGGGCGUUUUGGUCCAAUGAGGUCAGGGGGCUCAAAGGCAUCAUGUUCAAAGAGGUCAGUCAGUCGGUGGGCCGGACGGCACAGGCAGGCCGAGAGGAAGGGGCGCUUUCCUCUCAUCACUCUCCCCCCUCCCUCCCUCGUGGUGUCUGUCAGAUUCACGUGCUGCUGGUGGUUGUGCCGCUCGGCUACCUGGCGUAUUGGCUGGGGUGGGGUGCCAAGUGGGUCUUUUUGCUCAACUUCAUAGCCUUGGUGCCGCUGGCGGCCCUGCUGGGCUUCGUCACCGAGGAGCUCGCCGAACACACCGGGGAGAUCAUCGGAGGCCUGUAAGCUAAGCUAAGCUGCCUAAGCUGAGGGCGAGAGGGCUGCUGGGAUGCUCGCAGAAAGGACAAGCACAUGUGGCUGUCCAAAUGCUUUACCCAGGUUGAACGCGACAUUUGGGAAUGCGGUGGAGCUGAUUCUGACGAUACAGUCCCUCAGGAAAGGGCUGCUCACCGUCGUCAAGGUCAGCUGAAGACCGACUGACCUUGACGAUGUGUGCGUGAAUCCCUCUCGAUCCCUCCCUCCGUCCCUCCCUCCCUCCCUCCCUGUUUGUUUGUUUGUUUCAGGGCACGCUAUUGGGGUCGAUCUUGUCUAACCUGCUGCUGGUGCUGGGCAUGUCGUUCUUUGCGGCCGGCGUGUUCUACAAGGAGAGCGAAUUCAACGUCCAGGGCGCAUCAUCCAACACCACGCUGCUGCUGCUGUCCAGCCUCGGUGAGAGAGAGAGGGGAUGGAUGGGCUAUCGACCCAUCAACACACAACGGCCACGUGUAUCUCCGUCUGUUCCUGUGUGUGUGUGUGUGUGUGUUGGGGUGUGUGUGAUUAGGUCUUGCGGUGCCGAUGGUGUUUCAUUUGCAGGAGGGUGUGCACUCUGAGGCGGUGCUGGAGGUGUCGAGGAUAUCAGCCUGCGUCCUCUUCACCGUCUACAUCAUGUUCCUCCUCUUCCAGGUGACAAAUGCGCGGGCUGGACGAUACACACUGCUACCGGAGACGCACCUGUGUGUGUGGUGGUGCAUUGCAUGGGUGCGUUUGGUGCAGCUGGUGACGCACAUCCACCUCUUCCAGAACGAGGAGGAGGAGGAGGAUAAGACGGCCACUCUGUCCACCGGUUUGAAUGCCUGUGCGCCCGUCUGCCUCACUUCAGCCAGGCGACUGACUAUGGCUUGAUCAAUCCAUGCAUUGCAAUGCCUCUGGGUGAUUGGCUGGCUGCAUUGCGUCAGAUCACACGAUGACUGAGCCCGUGGUGGAUGAGGGACUACCGAUCGACGAGAUGCCGCACGUCUCGCUCUGGACGGUACGUCACGUGGGCGCCAAGGCGCAGGUGCAUGUGUGUGUGUGUGUCUUGUUCGUUCUGUCGAUCUGUCAGAGCAUAGUGAUGCUGCUGCUGGUGACGAUCUUCGUGUCCAUCAGCAGUGAGUACCUCGUGGGCUCCAUCGAAGCCGUCACCAAGGCAUGGGACGUUCCACAGGUCUGCUCGCGACAAUAAUCCGCCUCAUUGUGUCCUCAUGUCAACAACGGGCUCUUAUCUCUUUAGAUGUUCAUCGGUGUGGUGCUGCUGCCUAUUGCCGGCAACGCCGCGGAGCACUGGACGGCCGUCAGCGUGGCCGUCAGGAACAAGCUCGACCUGACCAUCGGUAGGUACCCCAGAUACACACACAUACACGAGACGCACUGGCAGUGGUCCUCCACUCUGUGUCGUAUAUGUGUGUGUGUGCAGGAGUGGCUGCCGGCUCGUCCACGCAGAUCGCACUCUUCGUCGUGCCAUUCGCCGUCCUCAUGGGUCGGUGGCUGGGCCUGGGUUGCCUUCAUCAACUUACCUCAGGAGCAUAUGUCUGUGUGUCUGUGUGUGUGUGUCCCUUUGUGUAGGUUGGGCGUUGGGUCAGCCGAUGUCCAUGGAUUUCAAGCCUCUCGAGACGACCAUCCUGUUCAUUGCCGUCCUGAUCGUCAUGGCCGUCGUGGCAGACGGAAGGUCCAACUGGUCAGCUGCACUGCACUCCCACAACGACAGCCGCUGUCUCUGUCUGUGUUAUGGGUGCACUGCACUGCACUGCCGGCAGGUUAGAGGGCAUGAUGUUGAUGGCGGCCUAUCUUCUGGUGGCGAUCGUCUUGUGGUUCUCGCCCAUCAAUGGCGACGACGGCCUGCUCGAGAUGGCCUUCGACUGACCCCUUCCACAACACACACACGUCUGUCUGUCUGUCUGUCUUCAUUGUAUACAUCUACGGUGAUUUUUCUUUGCCCCCAUUUCGUGUGUAAGAUCGAUGGGCUCUGUUGCCAGGGGGUGCACUCACUGCGGGGGAGGGGCCAUGCGUAGAAGUGCCUAUAUAGGGUACAUAUGGGACCACACGUGCUAUGUAGAGGGAGUGACGGAGGGGGAGGGACACAGUAGUUAGUAGGGCUGGCUCUGUAGGGCUGUGUAGGGUGUAGCAGACGAGCAAAGAGAGAGAUGUGUUGUGUUGUUCGUAUUUACUCCUUUGCUUUUGAUCUCUUUUCUAGUCGGCGGGAUCUCUGCUGCUGCACGUGUGUAUACUCUGUCUGACGGGCUAAGGGGUUGGUGGUAUUGUUUUCUAACCGACCGGCUUCACACUUGACCACUUUCUGCUCCAAUUUGUGGUGGAUGAACGAACACUUUUUAACACUUACCGUUGUGUGUGUCUCUCUGUGUGAUGGGAUGUGAUGUGAUGGGCGGCGUGUGGUGUCAUGGGUGUCAUUGUGGGUGAGUGUGCCAUUCUUCGAUCGUUGUUCAUUGUAUGUGACUUUAAGUAAAUGGGCCGGGUGGGGUGGGUGGCGCACGUCCAUUCGUGUGCACGGCAUGGCACGGCAUGGUGUGUGGUGUGGUGCGUGUCACUCAUACAGUGACCACCCACCGGUGCGGUGCGUGCCUGCUUACCGACCGGCCGAUUGACACCACACAGACCUCAUCUCUCUCUCUCUGCUUCCUUCAUUCCUUCCUUCCCUGCCUGCGUCCGGAUCCAUACAUCCUCAUAGCGUGUGGGCAUGAGGAUGUGGUGUCUUCUUUCUUUGGCGGCACGAUUGAGCAGCUGCAUGUAAUGUAUCUUCUGCGGAUCUAUUCGUUGUGCGUGUGUUGACUGAUGGCAGACAGACUGGCGUCUUAAACAAACAACCGCUUCUCGGCAGCCAGACACACACUCACACUCCGAGAGCCAAGACGAAACGAAGACAGAGCACUGAUGGCAACUUGGAGACUCACUCAGACAAACAGACAGGCCACCCCCAUUGAGUGCAGAGACGAGCGCAGCGAAGCAAGCUACGGAGAGAGUGUGGUUGAUAGGUGCCAGUGGGUGUAAUGGGUAGGUGGGUCGGUCCGAUCGACUGUGUGUACACCACGCCAAGGACAGACAGGAGUGAGUCCCUAACUUUGUUUGUUCGUUUGGGGUUGUGUGUGUGAG